CAUAAUAUCGGGCUCGACCUUUCAAAAAUUGUGAACUUUCAUUUCGAGUUUUCUCAGGUUUUGAUAGAAAACACAUGGCUAGCAUAUUCAGACCGAAUUAUGACCAAAAUAUUGUUAACAAUUAUCAUAUUCAGUCUUGAUGCUGUGUGACAAAGACUCCAUUGAAUCUAUUCAGCAGUACAUCAUCAAGCUGACGGAAUUUCUCUCUCUGUAUACAUGGAUUGUUGACGCCUAUGUAUCGGAUUACUUCACCAAGCAUCACUGGGAUAACCUCCCCUCAGUGUGGACAGAGUCCCUUCUUAACACAGAACCUACAGAACUGGUGUGGCUGUUAACAGAGGAAAGUCAGGUAUCCAGGGUGUGGCCUCUCUCACUUCUUGCCUUCAGACAGUGCACACGUACUUACUCACUAGCAAGGUCACAACAAGAGGUCAAAGUACAGGACCUGUCAAAACUUUCCUCACAAAGAUAUGUACAGGAUCAGGAAACCAGCUCAGUUGCUCAACGAGUCUCAAAUCCAGACACAAAAUACUAUGAGUAUCUCAGAAAGCAUGUAAAACCAAAGAAACUUCAUGAAAUCAAAAGUCUUGGAAAGGCUUUAAGGUUUCUUGGAGAUGCAUGUGAUUGUGAGCAUAUUGUGGAUGUGGGAGCAGGUCAAGGUCAUUUGUCUAGGUUUUUGACCUUCCAGCACGGGUUCAAGGUCACAACAGUAGAAGCUGAAGGAUGCCAUGCCCCUAAAGCACAGAAAUAUGACAGAGAUGCUCACAGACAGAUCUCAAAGGGUAAAGGUCACACUGAGACUGAAAGUGAGACUGAUCUUCCUUGUCAUGUGACCUGUUACAUCACAGCAGACACAACACAGGGGAAGUUCCUAGACAUUAUACAGGAGUCCUUCAACAGGUCUAAGGUUGGCAGCUAUUGUAAAGCGGAAGGUGACGAAGGGUUUACAAGAGAGACUACACAACAUGGACUUACUAGUGGUUCAAAGAUAGACGUGAUACAAUCUGCAUCAUUAGAUGACCAAAAACAUUUUAAAAGUUGUGGUAGGGAAUCUAAUAAAAAACCCAAACUGACAAGCACUGAUAUUAAAUGUGAUAAUCAAGAGAAAGAUUUGACUUCUCCUGAAAGUGUUCAGAGUAAAAGUAAUUCUUGUGGGCAUAUUCCAAGCAGCAGUCAAUUGUUUUUUUCAAACAAUUUCUGUGAUAACUGUAAAAAAUAUUCAUCUUCUAAAGAGAUUAGCAUAUGUGAUAGUGAUAUAAAGACACGACUGGAGACUGGAGAAAAUUCUGGAUUUAUGUGUGAUAGUAAAUCUGCUGAAUGCACUGAUAGCCUAGACAUGCCAGGAUCAGAUGAUCAGAUAUACCAGACUGAGGAAGGUGAUUCUUUAAAUGGAGAACUCCAUGGGAAGACCCCUCCAGCUAGACAGCAGUUUCUCCUGACUGGACUGCAUGCCUGCGGAGAUCUAACUCCCACAAUGCUCAGAGUGUUCACUUCCUGUCCAGACAUAGUGGGACUGGCGUCUGUCGGCUGCUGUUAUAUGAAAUUGUCUACUUCACUGAACAGUAAAUCAGACCAUGUGGGGUACCCCAUGAGUGAUUUUGUAACCAGGUUACCACACUCGGUUCUUAGUUAUGAAGCCCGAGAGAUGGCCUGUCAUUUUGCAGAUUCCUACAUCCAAAGAUUGAAAGAUAACCCACCCUCUCUCAAGCUACACUGUUACAGAGCUGCCUUACAGUGGAUAAUUCUACAUAUAAAACCUGAUUUUGUAACUGGGGCACAGAAAUUUACCAUUAGAAAAGCUGAAAAACUGACAUUCAAGCAAUAUGUAAGCCUUGGGUUACAGAGGCUUGGUUUGAACUGUGAAGUGUCAGAGGAAUUUCUGGCUGGAGCCACAGAGCUCCUACGUGAGUGGAGACAAGUGGUGACCUUCUACAGUCUCCGUCUGAGUCUGAGUCCAGUGGUGGAGACCCUGCUGUUACUGGACAGACAGGUGUACUUAUAUGAACAAGGUACGUCAUCUCAACUGUUGCCAGUUUUUGAUCCAAAGAUUUCACCGAGGAACUUUGUUUUGUUAGCAAAGAAGUGACAUUGCAUAAUAAUAGAAAUGACCUAUCUUCUAUAAAAAGGCUUAUAGCUAAGUGGCAGGGCAACCAUUUUUGAUUUUUUUUAUAAAAGGAACUCAUUAUAUCAAGUUCCAGACUUUUAAAUAAAUCAGUUUGAUUGAAAAUCUGAUAUAAGUGUGAUUUUUUAA